UGCGUGUUGCUAUGCUCAUUUUAUUUUUCAGAUCCCGGUUUUUAUGGCUUUGGAUUUAUUAACUUGCAAAAUAAGGAAUCUUUUGGCAUCAGACAAAUGUGGAUAGCGUGCAGUAUCUCUCGAUCCUUUACGCGGAUACCAUCGUUUUUUGACACUUUCUUUUCUUCACAGUUACGAUCUCUGUGCUGGGACCUGAAUAAAAAACAAUAAACGGAAGAAGCUUAAUCAAAUGGUCAAGAAACAUCAGGACGGUUAAGAAACAAUGUUCAUUACUAUAUUGGUGUCUUCUAUGUUUAUUUUAUUGGUAUAUAAUUAUUAUGUGUAUCAUAAAAAAUACGGGCAAUUUCUUAAUCUUAUACCGGGACCAUCGGGUUUUCCGAUUAUUGGCAAUGCGCUCCAAUGCUAUGUGUCAGCAGAGAAAUUAUGGAAGCUCUUCUGUAAAUUACCUGAUGAAUAUUAUCCCAUUAUUAAAUUCGGAUUUUUUUAUAUAUAUUUAGUGGGUAUCCGUCAUCCAGAUGAUUUAGAGACGAUACUAAGCAGCACUAAGCACAUCGAGAAAAGUUUUCUGUAUAACGUUCUUCAUCCUUGGUUAAAUACAGGUCUCGGCACUAGUACAGCGAUUAAAUGGCGGGCGCGGCGAAAGAUGUUAACACCUGCGUUCCAUUUUAAUAUAUUAAAUAAGUUUGGGGAUAUUUUUAUCAAGGAGGGCGAUUACAUGACAAAAUCUUUGAAAGAUGUCGGAGGGACAGUUGUAGAAGAUUUAUUACCAUUUAUUAGUGAACAUACGUUAAAUGCGAUAUGCGAAACUGUCAUGGGCGUUUCUUUGCAAAAAUUUGGCGAGGUGCAACAAAAGUAUCGAAAUGCGAUUCACGAUAUACACGAAUUAAUAAUUUACAGAGGAUUAAGGCCUUGGUUGUAUAAUGAUUUAUUAUUCUCAUUAUCACCGCAAGGAAGAAAGCAAAAGAAAGUCUUGAAAAUAUUGCAUGGAUUUACGGAAAAAAUCAUCGCGGAAAGAAAACUUUAUCACGAACGCACCAAUGACCGAUACUUAAAAAACCUUGAAAGUAACAAAGAGGCAGAAAAUUUCGACGUGUUUGGAAUUAAAAAAUAUAAGCUAGCCAUGUUGGACCUUUUAAUAGCGGCAUCUCGAGAAAAUUCUCUAACUGAUUCGGAUAUCAGAGAAGAAGUUGACACUUUCAUAUUUGCAGGUCAUGAUACUACAGCGACGGGCAUAAUGUUUGCUUUACUUCUCUUAGCUGAGCAUAAAGAUAUCCAGGAGCAUGUGAGGGCUGAAGUCGAUACUGUGAUGCAAGAGAAUGGAGGAAAACUUAACAUGAAGUCAUUACAAAAUUUAUCAUAUUUAGACAGAUGUUUAAAGGAAGCGCUACGUUUGUAUCCCAGCGCGUCUUUCAUAUUACGCAAGACUGGGGAUGCUGUAAAAUUACAAUCAUAUAUCGUACCCGCUGGAACGAUCUUAGGUCUUAAUAUCUACGGAGUUCACAGAGAUCCCAAUUUUUGGCCAAAUCCAGAUGUAUUUGAUCCGGACAGAUUCUUACCCGAAAGGAUAAAGAAUCGUCAUCCUUAUUCUUAUAUACCAUUCAGCGCAGGACCGAGAAAUUGCAUAGGUCAACGUCUCGGAUUGCUGAUGAUGAAAGCUAUAAUAGCUCCUCUGAUACAUAAUUUUUACGUGGAACCUGUUGAGUACUUAAAAAAUAUUCGAUUAUUGCUUGAUUUAGUAAUACAUCCUGCUCAUCCGGUUCAUAUAAGAUUCAUCCCGAUCGAAUACAAACAGCCGUUUAAAAAUAACAUGGAUAUUGCAAGAGUGUAACAAGAUGAUGCAGUGGGAAAAAUCGAAGAAAAUUGUUAUGCAUAUUAUACGUUCAA